AUGAAGUUUAUCAGUGCCUCCAUCAUGCCACUUGAGUCUCUGGGACUGGAGAAACAGCAAGAACAUUCUCAGAAACACAGUUAUUUGCACAAUGAUGCUAUCGAGCAGAAGUGGAGUGAGGACACCGACUGCAAAACUGCCAAGGGAACAGAUGGGAGGAGUGGCCGCUGCAAUUUUAGACCAGUAACAGUGACAGUUGGUGGUCAGCAACAUCUGCUUGGGCUCUAUGACACUGCCGGACAGGAGGACUACAAUCAACUAAGGCCCCUCUCCUAUCCCAACACUGAUGUGUUUCUGAUCUGUUUCUCUGUGGUCAACCCUGCAUCGUAUCACAAUGUCCAGGAGGAAUGGGUGCCCGAACUGAAAGGGUGCAUGCCCCACGUGCCUUAUGUUCUGAUCGGAACGCAGAUUGACCUUCGAGAUGAUCCCAAAACAUUGGCUCGCUUACUGUAUAUGAAAGAGAAGCCCCUAACUUAUGAACAUGGCAUCAAGUUGGCAAAAGAGAUAGGAGCCCAGUGCUACUUGGAGUGCUCAGCUUUGACCCAGAAAGGCCUCAAAGCGGUCUUUGAUGAAGCCAUACUCACCAUCUUUAGUCCCAAGACAAAGAAGAAGCCUUGUGCCAAAGGUUGCAAGGGCUGUUGUACCAUCGUAUGACAACACCAGGGAUCAAAAUGUAGAACUGUACUGGCGUUUCAGUCCAAUCCAACCCAUCCACCAUCCCUUCCACACCUGUGACAGAGGCUAAGAGGCUCCUCAGAGUCUAUGACUUCUCUGAACCACAACCUCAUGGCCUUCUUACAUCUUAACUUGCUUGUUUUCCCCUAAUCGCUGCAGACCUCCAUAGGAAGGCAGAUAUACAGGUCCAUAUUGUGACCAUGUUCCCUGCAGAAGUAGGCUGAUAAUGGAAAGCAGCUACGAGAAAUCUUUUUGCAAGUCAAGAUCCAUGACAAUGUACCAGAAAGAAGAGGUAUCCAAAGAUCCUAAUCCUGAAACAGCGCCAAGAGAAAGUGGAUUCAUUGUUGGUGGAUUUCAGCAAGCAACAGACGGAUCUGUUGCAGUAUGACGAUGCAAUAAUGGCUGAAGCUAGAAGUAGUUUGAGCCAUUCUAGUCCAAAUAUGCAAUAUGACUGAGGAUGCAUCUGCACUGUAAAAAUAAUGCAGUUUGACUCCACUUUAACUGCCAUGGUCCCAUCCUACAGAAGCCUGGGAUUUUUAGUUUUCAGCACUCUUUUGUGGAGAAAUCUAAAGACCUUGUGAAACUACAAAUCUCAAGAUUACAUAGGAGCUAUAGUACUUAAAGUGGGAUCAAACUGUAUUAUUUCUACAGUGUAGAUGCACCCUGAAUCUUAAAGCAGCUAAAACACAUAAGUAGCUCUUUAGGAGCUGACUAUGUUAUAAUGUAGAUGAAAUGUAGGCGUCUAGUUUGAAUUCAGUCUUUACAGAUGUUUCUUGUUUUCAGAAAAUGUUGUGUGUGGGGAGGGAUCAGAUUCUCAUUUAUUGUAUUUUGCCUUCCUUUUAUAUAUGAAGCAUAAUCCAAAGAAAAGCCAUCAGACUAUACUGGCAUUUUAUCCUUCCAUGUGUGGGAAUGUUUUUCUUACUAAAUGAAUUAUGAAAUGACUUGAUUUUGCAUUUGUAAAACUUAUUUGAAACUAUUUAUCAAAAGCCUGGCUGUACAAGGGACUACAUGUAUAUUGCCUACACCUGAAUUUCUUUCUUUUUUAAUUCUAGCCAACAGGAAAUCUACCAACUCUUUUUUUCCUCCAACAACCUAAGGUUCAAAAGGCAGGAAUUAGACUUAAACAUUUUUCAAAACUAAAAUAUAGGAUGAUGUAGAUACACAAAUACACACAGCAUUACCCCCUUCUUCCUCCACCCCUCAAUUUUUGGGUUUUGAGUUUUGGGCUCGAUCUGCAUCAUUGCAAAGAGCAGAUUAGGCAAGUACAAUGGGCCCUUGGUAUCCAAUGGG